ACUGUCAGCCGUAGCAGUGACUAAACUAAACAGAAAAAGAAAACAAAACAAAUUGUAGUAUUUAGCAAAUGAGCUUAACGAAUUUAAAGCAAUGCACGAGAAUUUGAAGGUGCUGCCAGAACCAACACGUGCAGCCUUGAGUGGCAGCACCUUUGGCCAACGGAGGGAGGACAUUUUUCGACGACUGCAAAGAAGUGCGCAACAAACAAGUGAGAGCUACAGUGGAAAACGCGAGCUGGCGACGGAGAAAGAUGACACAGUGCUGGAAUUGUGCGAGGCUCUAGAAGAAACGCUUGGCUAUGGCUUGAGGCAAACCGUAAAUGUGACUUUAACGGCAGCGAGCAUUUUUCAAAACAUGCAUGAGAUCGUAACAGGUGCCGCGGGUGGUGGCAGCAGCAACAGCAAUGAGACUACAUUUUGGGAUUUUUGCCAAACACAACUAACACCACAUGAACGACGACGUUACGAGGAUCUUAAACAGAUUUGGACCAAACAUGGACGCGGACGCGCGUUUAUACGUGCCACACUCAAUGAGAAGCGUCUACACAGUCACCUGUUGACUUGGCUAAGUGACGAGGCUCAGAUUCAACGUUUCUAUACACCCUGGUCACUACUGCUUAAUGAGGAGGCUGCCAAGAAACUUCCAGAGAUACUAGAUAGUCUUAGUGAUGUGCUUUUUGCGCUAAGCGUCGAAAAUGUUGAGCUCAAUGCUCCUCGACGUGUUGCCGCAACUACAGCUGCUAUUGUCAAAGAAGAGCCCAUUAUAUAUACGCCGCAGCCUGUGGCUGUACGUAAGCCGGGGCGCAACUCAGCUGCAGUAGAGCGACCUAUAGUGUGUGCUACUUCUACAGAAGAUUUGCUGGGCGCGCUGACUCCGCGUGAAGUGUUGGAGGUGCAACAGAUUGUCUCCAAUGAUGCAGUUGCACAGGAGUUACAAAUACCAGUGACUGCCAUUUAUAAUACACCCUGUGAUCCCAUUGAACCUGAGCUAGAGUUUUUGAAGAAACCCUUGCCUGAUGUGCCAGAGAGCAGCGCAGUGCAAGAGCUUGAUGCGGAACAAGAACUUUUUGAAGAUCGCAGUGAUACUUCCUCACAAUGGAGCAAAUCGUCUUCCUCCGCCAAUGGGGUAGGUGGUGUACAGCAGACGGCAGCAUUGGAGGAGCAAGUUAAUGAACUGAACGAACGUUGUGCUUUGUUGGAAACACGCGUUGCUGAGCUAAGCCUGCAGAAUCGUCAGCUCAUACGUCGCCUAACCAAACAGUUCAACGAGACUGGAAUUGAUCCAACUUCCUCAUUUUGCUCCAACUUUCUCAUAACCAUUCCUCAAGUGAAACUUGUCAAGACAAACUCAAGCUCCUAUUAUGUCUAUGAGAUACAUAUAACCAUGCGCCAGCGCCUGGAGCACUGGACACUCUAUCGACGCUACAGUGAAUUCAACAAGCUGCAUAAAUCGUUGCUACGCACGCAUCCGAACAUCAGCACUGUGGGCUUUCCACCCAAGAAGCACUUUGGCAAUAUGAAUCUACACUUUGUUGAAGAGCGUCGUCAGCAAUUGCAAAUCUAUUUACUAAAUAUUGUAGAAAGCUUGCCUCAAGUGGAGGCGUGCAUGUCCAAGGCAGAUCUUCAGAAAGUCUUUCCAUUCUUUCGUGGGCGUUAACAGGCCAGCAAGCGAAAAUAAUCACUCUCUCUAUGGACCAAACUCGAAAUGAAAGUAUAAGUAUUGCUCAUUAAGUAUAUAAUUGUUAUGUUAAUUUACAUGUAUAAAAGGUAGUUGGGUUUUGUAGACACCGCUGAUGAUAUUCAUUAUUAAAUAAAAUUUACAAAUAUCUAUUUUAAAAAUA